AUGGAUGACCUCGAAGACGAAUUGGAUCUUCGUUUUCACAAGGGGCUGACUCUGCGCAAUGAGCUGGACAAGAACGCAGCCAGCUUCAUUCCCACAGACGUGGUGACCGAGUUCAUUUUUGCGACAGCCUCAACCAUCACCAUCCCCGUGACGCAGCAGCCGAGCCUUGACGCGCUCAUACAACCAGCCGAUCACCUUCAGAGCAUUGCUGCCGAGUAUGCGCUGUGUCGUGAUAUUGAUGGCAAAGACAGGCUCAAGGUGCAGCGAGCAAUAGCGAGAUCCAUCAUCGAAGCCAUUCAGGACACCGAUGGUUUCAAGUACUCCGAGCGCUCUGCGCAGAGUAAAGAAGGCGGUGAUGGUGCCAGGCUCAAGUAUGUUUGCCAAGACAGCGUCCAGAACCGCAAAAGCAAACUCAAGAAAGAAAGGUCUCACGAUAGCGACGACGACGAGGCUGGAGUCAACGAGCAGGGGCCCGCUGUGCUGCCGACCUACGACUGCGGAGGCGCAAUACACAUCAAAUUCUCACUCAAGAGAGAGGCCAUAAACGUCGUGUAUAAGCAUAAUCCUAUCCAUACCACCCGCGAGAUUGAUGCCGGCCUACCUGCCUUAGCCACAGAUAACGGCGUUGCUCCCACUGCCGCUGCUACGGAAGAAAAGGAACCGCGCAAAAGAAAACGUAGUAAAAAGAAUGUUGUUGAAGCAGACAACGAAUUCGGGGACCCAGAUAUGGACAUGUCGACGUCUCCGGAAGCUCCAAGUUCAUCGACGAAGAAGAGGCGCAAAGGAAGCGGUGCCGUGGCCUCUCCUAGGACAGUGCGGAAACCAUCCACCAAGAAGAGCAAGAAUGCCAAAUCGCCUGCAUCACCCACCAAAUCGAGGAAAAAGGCGCCUGUCAGUGAACCAUCACCGCCGUCGCUACCUGCUCCUGGCAAAGCUUGCAUCCGCUGUCGCGGAAAGAAGAUCAAAUGCAACGAGGCGAAGCCGACGUGCAACCAGUGCCGACGAGGACUAUGGACCUGUCAGUAUGAAGUGUUGAACAACAAGAAGCGCUCCAAAAACGGCUGUCUUAAUUGCAAGCAGAGACGACGGAAGUCCAUUCCAUCCGAAUUACUUUCUUCGAAGCGUGCCGUAGGGAACUGGGACGAUGCCCAUGCAAAAGCGACGGCUGCUCUUGCAAAACUAUCACAGAGCGAGAAGAUCGGCAUCGUUACGGGUGUUGGCUGGCAGAACGGUAACUGCGUUGGCAACACCAAACCGGCUGCCUCGAUUGGAUAUCCGUCGCUUUGUCUGCAAGAUGGACCCCUCGGCGUUCGCUACAUCCAAGGUGUAACUGCAUUCAGCGCAGCUAUCCAUGCCGCCAGCACCUGGGAUCUCGAUCUCAUUCGGGAACGCGGCGCCUUCCUUGGUGCUGAAGCAAAGGAGCUGGGCGUUCACGUCCAGCUCGGACCUUCAGCUGGACCUCUCGGAAAGUUUGCCAACGGUGGCCGAAACUGGGAAGGAUUCGGUUCCGAUCCCUACCUCCAAGGCAUUAUGAUGGCAGAGACCAUUGAGGGUAUGCAAGAAUCCGGUGUUCAAGCAACAGCUAAGCACUGGAUUGUCAACGAACAAGAGCUCAACCGAGAGACUAUGAGCUCAGACGUGUCGGAUCGAGUGCUUCGCGAGCUCUAUGUAUGGCCAUUCAUGGAUGCAGUCCACAGCAACGUCGCGGCCUUUAUGUGCAGUUACAACAAGGUCAACGGAACUUGGGCCUGCGAGAGCGAUGGUGUGAUGAACAAGCUCUUGAAAGACGAACUUGGUCAUCGUGGAUACAUCAUGAGUGACUGGAAUGCCCAACACACGACGACUGGUAGUGCAAACGGCGGAAUGGACAUGACCAUGCCCGGCACCGACUUCAGUGGGGGCAACGUCUUCUGGGGCCCACAGCUUCAGUCCGCCAUCGACAAAAAACAGGUUCAACAAUCUCGCCUCGAUGACAUGGUCAAGCGCGUACUCUCUUCCUGGUACCUCCUUGGUCAGGACAAGGGCUAUCCCAAUGCCACCUUUAGCUCCUGGAACAUCGGCACUCGUCAGGUCGGUGGCAACCACAAGACAAACGUCCGUGCUACAGCCCGCGAUGGUAUCGUCUUGUUGAAGAACACGAACGCUACACUGCCCUUCAAGAAGCCCAAGAGCAUCGCUGUCAUUGGAAGCGACAGCAUCGUUGCGCCCAAGGGAGCUAACGCAUGCGUUGAUCGCGGAUGCAACGACGGCACGCUCGCCAUGGGUUGGGGAUCUGGAUCAGUGGAGUUCCCCUACCUCAUUGCUCCUCUCGAUGCCAUGAAGACGCAAGCUCAGAAAGACGGCACAACCAUCACCUCUUCACCCAACGACAAUGCGCAACAGGGAGCUAGUGCAGCUCAAAACGCUGAUGUAGCUGUCGUGUGCAUCAACAGCGAUGGUGGCGAGGGAUACAUCACUGUUGAGGGCAACGCUGGCGACCGAACUAACCUCGACCCGUGGCACAACGGAAACGAGUUGGUCAAGGCAGUUGCUGCCGUCAACAAGAAGACAGUUGUCGUGGUCCACAGCGUCGGCCCCGUCAUCAUGGAACAAUGGAUCGAAAACCCGAACGUAGUAGCUGUUGUAUGGGCAGGCCUGCCAGGUCAGGAAUCCGGAAACGGCCUCGUCGACAUCCUCUACGGCGCCGCCUCGCCAAGCGGCAAGCUCCCCUACACCAUUGCUAAGAAGGAAUCAGACUACGGUACCACUAUUGCUAGGGGCGACGAUAAGAACUGGGACCUCUUCAUCGACUACCGUCGUUUUGACCAGCAGAACAUUACACCCAGAUUCGAGUUUGGCUUCGGUCUCUCCUACACCAACUUCACCUACUCUGACCUCAGCGUCUCAGGCAAGCCCUCGGCUGGUCCCGCAACCGGUGCCAAGGGCCCUGGAGGCCCUGUCGAUCUCUUCGAGACGGUCGCAACCAUCACAGCCAAGAUUAGCAACUCCGGUGGCGUUGCAGGUGCAGAAGUUCCGCAAUUGUAUCUCGGCUACCCUGCGUCGACCAACUCGCCUCCCAAGCAAUUGAGGGGUUUUGCGAAGCUCAAGUUGGCAGCUGGUGCGAGCGGAACUGCUACUUUCAAGUUGAGGAGAAGGGAUAUGAGCUUCUGGGACGAGAAGACCAGGAAGUGGAGCGUUGCGACUGGAGAGUACAAGAUCUUCGUAGGAUCGAGUUCCAGGGAUGUGAGGCUGACAGGUAAGAUCACUAUUUAG